AGUCAGGGAGAGGUAGAGAGAAGGAGAAGGAAGAAGCAAAGAAAACUCCCAAGGAGCAGCCAUUGACAUAGAAGGAAUCUCGGGAAAGGAUUGGGUCCUGGGAGCCACGAGACGAAAGCCUUUAAAGUGGAGAGAUCUCCGGAUACUUCAAGUAAGAGAGGGACCGGGAUGGACUGUGGAUAAACCCAGGACUGAGGAGCUUGGGUUCUCUCUGUGGCCCUCCUGUUCUCCAAGGGCCACCUCCCCUUGCAGCCAGGGUAGAGGACGGCGAGGGCCCUGACGGGCGUCAGCAUGGACCUGGACCAGGACGACUUCGGGAGCGCGGCAGAGUGGGGCGACCAGCAGGAGGAGGGGUAUGCACAGGGAGAAAAGGACGCCCAGGUCCAGCAAGAAUGCCUGCAGAAAUUUUCUACCAGGGAUUAUAUCAUGGAACCCUCCAUCUUUAACACUCUGAUGAGGUAUUUUCAGGCAGGAGGGUCUCCGGAGGAGGUGAUCCGGCUCUUAUCAGACAACUACACAGCUGUGGCCCAGACCAUCAACCUGCUGGCCCAGUGGCUCAUUCAGACAGGGCUUGAACCAGUGCAGGUUCAGCAAACUGUGGAAAAUCACUUGAAGACUUUAUUGAUGAAACAGUUCGACCCCCGCAAAGCAGAUUCUAUCUUCACUGAAGAAGGAGAGACCCCCGCUUGGCUUGAACAAAUGAUUGCACAUCCCACGUGGAGAGAUCUUGUUUACCAACUGACUGAAGCGCACCCAGACUGUUUGAUGCUGAACUUCACGGUCAAGCUGAUUUCCGAUGCAGGAUACCAUGGGGAGAUCACCGGCGUGGCGGCAGCCUGCCAGCAGCUGGAAGUGUUUUCUAAAGUUCUCUGUACCUCUCUGGCUACACUUUUGGAUGGAGAAGACAACCUUGCAGAAAAUCUCCGUCAGUUUGCUACGAUGGUGUGCCACGGGGAGCACACGUACCUGGUGGCCCAGGUCCUGAUGUCCGUGCUGGCCCAGGAAGGGCAGGGGGGCUGGGCCGUGCGCAGGAUUGCACAGGAGGUGCAGCACUUCGCCCAGGAGAGGGGCCGCGAUGCCAGUCGGAUCUCUCUCGCACUGGGCACAGCUGCCUCCUACCCCCAGCUGUGUCAGGCCCUUGGGGCGAUGUUGUCCAAGGGGGCCCUGAAUCCGGCCGACAUCACUGUCCUCUUCAACCUGUUUACCAGCGUGGACCCGCCCCCUGUUGAACUCAUCCGGGUGCCGGCCUUCCUGGGCCUCUUCAUGGACUCACUCUUUAAACCAGGGGCCAGGAUCAACCCGGACCACAAGCACAAGUACAUCCAUAUCUUGGCAUAUGCGGUGAGCGUGGUGGAGACCUGGAAGAAGGACAGGCGUGUGAGCGUCAAUCAAGACGAGCUGAAGUCAACGGCCAAAGCUGUUGAAACUGUUCACAGUUUGUGUUGCGCUGAGAACAAAGGGGCUUCUGAACUCGUGGCCGAGCUGAGCACCCUCUAUAAGUGUAUCAGGUUUCCAGUGGUGGCAAUGGGUGUGCUGAAGUGGGUGGAUUGGAGCGUAUCAGAGCCGAAGUACUUCCAGCUGCAGACCCGCUGCACCCCCGUGCACCUGGUGCUGCUGGACCAGAUCAGCACCUGCCACCAGCUCCUGCACCCCCAGGUCCUGCAGCUGCUGGUGAAGCUCUUGGAGACGCAGCACUCCCAGCUGGACGCGAUGGAGCAGCUCGAGUUGAAGAAGACUCUCCUGGACAGAAUGGUGCACCUGCUAAGCCAAGGCUACGUACUCCCUGUGGUCACUUACAUCCGCACGUGUCUGGAGAAGGGGGACACCGACAUUUCCCUCAUUCGCUACUUUGUGACCGAGGUGCUGGAUGUGAUCGCACCUCCCUACACCUCUGACUUUGUGCAGCUUUUCCUCCCCAUCCUGGAAAACGACAGCAUCGCUGGCACCAUUAAAACGGAAGGUGAACAGCACCCUGUGACGGAGUUUAUAGCUCACUGCCAGUCUAACUUCAUGCUGGUGGGCUGAUUCAGAGCAUCCUCCAGAGCUGGAGCAGAACAUUCCAGGAGACCCGUUGUGGAAGAACCCUUUCCAGAAGCUAUUGAUGAAGAGGCCCCGUCAGCAUCCUGGCAAUGGGCUCUGGAGGGAGGAGGUGGAGAACUUUUGUAAGAAGGAAAAUGUUAGCAGUGCAAGUGGAGGACUGCUAUUAUGAACAGUCCCCUUUCCUUGUAAAUCCAGGGCUACCCCUAAAUCCUGUUUUCGGUAUUCAUUUCCCCCAAUAUUGGAACUAGGUUCCCAUUAUCCUUCGUGAUGUAGCCAACUGGCAGCCCCAAGGUGGUGGAAAUUCAGAAAAUGGGGCACUUAGAUGAACUAUUUUCAAAGUUGACUUAAGUUUUCUCACAAGACCUGAACGGUCAGUUCGUAUUGCUGUGAUUGCUUUAAUUUUCCAAGAACAGAUAAAAGCCUUUCUGUGGGUGGAACAUGUAGAUCCCAGUGUUAUGUUGUUCUCAUAAAUUAGACACUCGUCCUCAAAAUAAAAAAAAAAUAGCUAAAAAUUUAAAAGGCAUAUGACUUUCUAAGUUUUUAUGAAAUAACUGCCGUCACCCC